AUGGAAGGCGUUGAUUUCGAGCUACUUCUGGGGAACGGUAGCGCGCAACUGGUCGAUCUGAAUCUGCCUGUCUUCAGAGAGUCUCUCAUCAUCUGUAGUAACUUGAAAUGGCGUCAUGAUGAAGUCAACCCCGGAGAUGAGUUUGGCGAAAGCCCUGCGGCAACUAGGACAACAACCCUCUGGUUUCGGUUGGCUCUUAUCGAGUCGGAAAGAAUUUGCAAGACGUGCCGGCCCGAGUUUGAGUCUCGGAAACGAACAGGCAUCUCUCUGGAUUGCAAGUUUGCAGCGCGGACUGAUCAAGACUGGAUGUACUGUUCUGCUUGUGAAGUUGAGCAUCCAACCCUCUGUUUCUCAAGUGAAGAGAUCCUAAAGCAAUCGGAUCGGGUUUGCAUCGCCAGGACGGGCUAUGUUCGUAUAUGUGCCCAUGAAGUACUGACCUGGGACGAAAUGAAGGCCGGUCUAGGUGAUACAAACGACUUUUGGACGAAAAUUACAAAGACAUGCAAGCAUCCAAGCCACAAGAUCCAUCAAGUCUAUCCCAAGGACGAUCUAAUUCUACCAACCGCGUUGGCCGAAAGAACCAGAGACUAUUACUAUCUGACUUUAUCGGCUGGAAUCCACACAAAGAGCUAUGAUGAAGCAUAUCACCAGGACGACCGAAUGAAUGACUAUGUUGAAUAUCGCAACCACAUGUUACCACUCGGUAUGAUGCAGAUGGCUCGGGAGUUCGACGGAAAGAGCCCGAGGAUAUACUGUGAGAAAAUGGUGGGCCAGACAGCAGAUAUAUCCUGUGAAGAUUGUCCUGUAGGCUAUGAAUGCCGCAGGAUCUACCACAGACGAUCAAUAUCACCGAGAGCGCAAUCAGUCGAUCUCCCGGGACACAGUUGGUACCAUGCAAUCAGUCCAGAGUCGUAUUCGUACGCUGGACGUUGCGGUGUACCAGAGACCUGCUCUGAUCCUUCGUGUCGAAAUUACUACUCUUCAGGGAUUCCUUACUGGCAUGCUGAUCAUGGGCGUCGCUAUCUACAAGGUGAUUAUAUGGAUUUCGAAAAGUCAAAUCCUUUGUGGAGGAAAAAGAAGAACGAAGAUUCGGUGGUCUAA